UGGAACAUUAGAGCUCCAUACCACUCGAACAAAAACCCUUGACCCCUUUCUUCCUCCUGCGGUUAAACAUCGGCGAUUUUUGAUUCUUCGCCGAAGACGAUGAGCUUUCGGAUAAACAAUCGCACAGGAGAAGAAACAUGCACUGAUAGCGACACAGGCAAUGCAUUUUACGAUAUUUACGGUCCACAGGCGAAAGCGGGUGUCGAGUUUAAGACCCCGGAAUCAAACUCAAGUUUGAACUUGGAAGAUGUUCAGGGGCUUAUCACCUGGGUGCUUGGCGAGGGAUUCAUGCCGUCAUGGGUUUUCAUUAAGAACAAACCUCUGAUUCGAAAAGUGGUUAUGCUUUAUGUUCCUGGUCUUGAUGCAGCAAUCUACCUGUCCCAAUCUAAAAUACUACACAGUUUAAAAGAAUGUUGUGGUAUCCCAAGGCCGGUGCUAGCACCUAGCUGUGUAUCAGAUGGAAUGCAGACUAUAGAUGCCCUUCUUACGUGCCGGCUUAAGCGAAAACGGGAAGCUGCUACGUUUACAAAGAAAUCUGAACCAGAUACAGAUCCUGUUACGUCCUUGUCCGAGCUCAAGAAGAAUAUUCCAUUUCCUGUGUCAUACUAUACUCUUACGACAAAGGAAUUAGAAGACAAUGGAUACAUUCAUGAUCAACCAGGUUUUCUUUCAACUCUUCCCGCUCCAUCCGGAAAUCCCGUUCACGAAAUCGUGGGAGUUGAUUGUGAAAUGUGCAUCACGAAUGAGGGGUUUGAGCUCACAAGAGUAACGCUGAUAGAUUACAAAGGACAGGUUCUGUUUGAUAAAUUGGUUAAACCGUCAAACGUAAUUACUGAUUACAACACCAGGUACAGUGGAAUAACAAGUGCGAUGAUGGAUGGAGUCACAACCACCCUUAGAGACGUUCAGGAAGAUUUUCUACAACUUGUUAACAAAGAAACAGUUUUGGUUGGACAUUCGUUGGAGAACGACUUAUUAGCUUUAAAGGUCUCUCAUAGUUUGGUGAUCGACACUGCUGUUUUAUACAAGCAUUCACGUGGAGGAACGUACAAAAUUGCUCUUCGUGUGCUUACUAGAAAAUUCCUCUCUAGAGAGAUACAAGAUUCACAAAACGGGCAUGAUAGUAUCGAGGAUGCAAAAGCUGCAAUGGAUCUAGCCUUCUUAAAAAUCAAACACGGACCCGAUUUUGGUCGACCACCAUCAUUUAUGAGAAAAAAACUCCUUACGGUUUUGGGCGAGUCCGGCAAGGCCUCAUCUUUUGUUGAUAAUAUAUCGAUAGUGAAGCGAUAUGCUUCGGAAUCAUCACAUUCCAUUCCAGUUGCUUCUGAUGAUGAAGCUCUUUCUAAAACCAUCAAAGAGGUAAAAAACGAAAAAAUACAUUUUGUGUGGGCCCAGUUUACAGAACUCAGUUGUUAUUACAAGAAACAAGCAGAGGACGCGGAGGCAUUGAAUAAAAAACUUGCUGAAAUGAUAGCAUUGCUUACUUGUAAUAACAAGUCCAAGAGUCGAAAAAGCAUAAAGUACACAAUCACUCCCGAUUUGAAGGAUGUUCUUCAUCGCUUGAAUUCCAGAGUAAAAAAUGUAUUCUCCAAUUUGCCUACCAACGCCAUGCUAAUACUUUGCUCGGGUCAUGGAGAUACUGCGAUCGUUCAAAGAUUGAGAAAAAUGCUAUCGGAAAAAGUGGACACAAACAUACCUCGGGAUCAUCUUGUAAAGGUUCUAGAAGAGCUGCAGGCACAGGCUGAGGUAGGUUUGUGUUUUGUCGGUGUCAAAAAUUGAAGACGUCAUGCGUUCAUGUUGUAGCUUGUAACAAGGAGUAACACUCCUUUAGAUUACAUUAGAUAGGGCAUGUUUUCACAUUAAAAUUAAGCGAAAAAAGUUCUAUGGGUUUGUUGAUUUUGGAAUGCGAGGACGGGUGAACAAUAGCAAUAGAGUAGAGGUGGUCAAAACAGGUUAAAUUAUGGGUCAAAACAGGUUUUGUGUUGGAACGAGUUUUAGUAUGGUUAAAACGGGUCAUGUUAAUGAAUGAGCUAUUGUUUUUUUACAUUAAUA